UUUUAUCAGUGUCACUGUCACUAACCAUACAGCCUACUGGUGUUUCAGUAUUUUCUGAUUAGACAUUUCGUAAUAUAAUUUAUAUUACAAUAGUGAAAUAUAGUGUACAUAACAUAAUAUAAAUAAAAUGAAUGAUCCAGACAAACCUGAACCUUUACCCCGAACGAGGAGAUUAGCUGCGACACAUAACUAUGGCUACACGGGAGUUCCCACCUUCGAGUUUGACGACGAACGAGCGGAAAAGCCCUGGCAACGGGUUGUCGGCAGUCUCACUAAGAGAGGAGCUCACUUAAAUAACCCAAUCAGAUCAGUACCAAGUACACUACUGGUAGUGGUGCUGGGUCUGUAUCUACUGCUCGGCUACCUCACGCAGCUCGUCGAAGAUGCCAUGCCCUCAGUCAUACUCGACAAGGAAGUUGCUGUUGAUGAUGCCUCGAAAUUCAGCGAGGAGGCUGCUCUGAAGUACUUGGCGCGUAUAGUAGGGGAUGAGCCGCGGGUGUCAGGCACCCCGUACCACCUCAACCAGACUAAAGACUUGAAGCUAAUGCUUGAUGAUAUCGCCAAGAACGCCCAACAGAAAGUCCACACAGAUUGGCAGAUUGCCACCGGGGACUACUUCCACCAAUCCUCAUCAUCGUUCUACAACGUGUACGAAAACGCGUCCAAUAUUGUCGCCUUACUGGAAGGGGAGAGCGGGUUCCUGUCCAAUGGCAGUCUAGGAAGCUCCAUACUCGUCAACUGCCACUACGAUUCUGUACCUUUUGCGCUUGGGGCAUCAGACAACGCGGUGUUCUGCGCCAUAAUGGCGGAGUCCCUGAACCGCCUGUCGCGCAGCAAACAGAAGCUCAAACACAACAUACUGUUCCUCUUCAACGGAGCCGAGGAGAAUGGCUUGCAGGCAAGUCACGCAUUCCUGCAACACCCGUGGGCGCGGGGCGCCGUAGCUGUCAUCAACUUGGACGCAGCGGGGAUGAAUGGCAAACCGACGGUAUUUCAGGUGACAGAUCCGCGAGUACUCCAAGCGUACCACCGUUCCGCGCCGCGCCCCAACGCUCAAGGCAUGGCCGAGUUCAUAUUCUCCAACGGAAUCAUACCCUCCGACACUGACUUCAGGAUAUGGAGGGACUUCGGGAAUAUACAGGGUAUUGACAUAGCAUUCGUAAAGUGGGCGGCUGUGUACCACACGCGCAAUGACGAGCCGUCCCUGCUGCAGCCCGGCGUCAUGCAGGGCGCCGGGGACAUGAUGCUGGCGCUACUUACUGAGACUGCUUCCAAUCAGGAACUGGCGAAUAAGAUCCAGCCCUCAGCGGCAGUGUACUAUGAUUACUUGAAUUGGUUCCUAGUCAGUUACUCACUGUUUGCGUCUUACUUCGUGGAUGUACUGAUAGCUCUACUGGGACUCAGCAGCGUCGCCUACUACGUGUGGAUCGUUGGAUUCAGGUGGUCGGCAGUGACAAAGCUAUCGCUGAGUGCAUUAAGUCGCAUAUUAGCGAUGUUGAUUGGAGCAGGCGUCGUGUUUGUGUUCACGUUUAUAAUGGUCGCUACAACUGUGCAAUUGAGAUAUUUGUCCGAGCCCUGGCUGGUGGUACCAUUGUACUGGAUACCGUACCUUAUUGUAGCGGUCGCAGUCUCUCAGGGAUUCGAUGCUUACACCUUUAAAACGACAGGACUGACUCGUUCCCUCCGCUGUGCCCAAGCGAUGGCGGGGACCCGUCUGUUACUGUCAGUUAUACUGCUAGUGUUGUGCUGUGUGCCCUCGCUGACGUCACUGCGAUAUAUAUUCAGCGCGCCACUCUUCAUCAUGUCUAUGACAUCACUAGCCUCGCUUACUAUACUCAGAUUCGUAGCUUUACGAGGUUGGCAGCACCUUCUCCUGGAGUUGAUCCUGUCGGUGCCCGCGUGUAUGCUGACACUGUCGCUGGCGCUCCGCCUGGACGCGCAGAUACUGCCCGUCAUGGGACGCUCGGCUGGCGACAAACCUGAUGUCACCGUCGCCAUGAUCAAUAUAGCGCUCGUUAUACUCGUGGCCUGUACUGUUUCUGGUAUAGAGUUGCUGUUUUCUCGCAAGUUCCUGUGGCUAGUGCUAUCAGUGUCGGGCGCAGCCUGUAUAGUGCUCAUGUUCAUUCCGUUCUCGCCGUACGAUGAAGACGGCAUCGCGUUACAGAGACAUUACUGGUUUCAUUCACAAAUAUCUUCAUACGACCACACGGGCAAGUUAGAAUCCUCCACAUCAGGUAUAUUGGUCACGAAACACGACGCUUACUCUGCACCCCGGGUACUACGCGCCCUGUCUGCUGCCGGGUACAAUCUGGAAUCCAGGACAGGCUUCGAUGAGGAUUGUGAGAAACAAGUCUUCUGUGGUCUGCCACUGUUUAGGACUGGAUUUUCGAGGUUUUUAAAAGACGCAAUGUUGCUAUCCACGGGUCCGCCUGCGCCCUUCGACCCGCCCGCCUCUACCAGAGUGGCGAACAAAUCCUGUGUUGGAGACGAGUGCAAAUAUAGCUUCGUUUUCACUGGAGCGCAUCACAACAUGAUAACCCUAUGGCCACGUACCAACGUGUCUGUGACAUCGUGGUCACUGUCCUCCGCCCCAAAGAGCAGCGGCGAGUUACUGCAGCGUCCUGUGUACGUCAUCUAUCACUCCACUGCUACGUACUUCGAGGACUCCAUCAAUUACUAUCUUGAUGUAACUUUUAAUGUCCCAGCCUCCCUCCAGUCGCAGCCAAUAGUGGACGUGUCCCACCACUCGCACAAGAUCUACCACCCGGAGCAGAUGACGGCCGAGUACCGCGCCAUAUUGGAUGCCAUGCCGCGGUACUUUAAUGUCGCCACCUUCCUUAGUUUUAGGAACAACUAUGUGUUUUAGUUAAAGGAGUAGUUGGUAGGUUUACUUUGAAAGACUAUAAAGACGAUUUUUCAUUAUACAGAUGAAUUUGGGCAUUGAUGGCUACUGAGGGCUUAGUACGGAUUUGCUUUACGUUUAACCAGAUCGAAACGGAAGCGCGUUUGUCGCUCUGAUUGGUUGAUUCAUCGCAGCCGGCCUAUCAGAGCGCCGAACGCAUUUCAAUCUCGUUAAUCAGUAAACAAGCACAUACGCUCUGACUAAACGAAUAAACUCAAACUAUUAUUUAAUUUUAUGAGUUGCAAAUCUCGUUGAAGUCGUUAAAGCAGAUUUUGGCAAUGGGUUACACAUUUAUAAUGUUAAUAUAGCUUUAUAUUGUAUUGUAUGUUACUUGUGUAAUAUUUUGAAAUGAACUGAACAGAAUGACCGAUACAAGUAAAGCCAGGGACAAUAACAAUACUCUUGCCUCCCACAGAUUGUAAAUAAGAUUAAGAUUUUUUUUAUAUAUAUUUUUGUAGAACAAGUUAGUUUGUAAGAUGUGAAAUGGCUCAAUAUUUAUAAUAAAAUACAGUAUAACUGUGUUUUUAGUCAUAAUUAUUUAUUUGAUAUUUUUUAUUAAGUAAUUUAUAUUUUAUGAAUUGGACCAGUGAAUAAAAACUUGUUUCCUAA